ACCCAGCCGGGCUGUAUAUAACAGGGCUGGAGGGGAAGGAGGCUCAGGGACGCUCAGCUCUGCUGGUAGCUGGAUCCAUCUCUGACGGGAGCCGCAGGACUCAGGCCUGCCCUGCUUCCGCAAUGGGUCUCUCUCGGGAUGGGCUCAGCCUGCUCUUGUUCCUGGUGCUGGCCUGGUGCCUGGCCCCGCCUGUCCGCUGCCAGGGCCCGCGCUACGAGAAGUUCCUGCGGCAGCACCAUGACCACCCGCGGACCAACGCCGGGCGGGAUUACUGUGGGGCCAUGAUGCAGCGCCGGGGCAUGGCCCGGCCCUGCAAAGACAUCAACACCUUCAUCCACGCCCCCAAGGCCCAGAUCCAGGCUGUCUGCGGCUCCGGGGGCAUCGAGUACUGGGGCAGGCGGCGCAGCCGGGCUCAGUUCCCCGUCACCACCUGCUCGCUGAAGGGCCCCCCGUGGGGCCGGUGCAGCUACCUGGGCCACACCAACCACAGAUUCCUCGUCGUCACCUGCGACCCGGCAGGCUGGCCCAUGCAGUUCGAUGAGAGCCACAUCAUGUGACGGGGCCGGGCACCACCGCCCUGCCCCGCCUUGGCAUGGAACUGAGUCCUCGGCCACGCGUUGUGUCGAAUGGGCCAGACCCCCGGCUGGUGUGAAUGGACUCUAGCUCCAUGGGGGUCAGUGGCACCAGCCCCCCAGCUGGUGUGAAAGGAGUGUAGCUCUGUGGGGGUCAAUGGGGCCAGCCCCCCAGCUGGUGUCAAUCUGCAUCUCUCUAUUAACAUUGGCACCACGGGAGCAGCGCUUCAAAGCCAUGCAGCUCCUGUCCGGUGAGAUGUGCUCUGGACACAAGCCCAGGACUGCCCGGGCCACGCAGGCUGCCUGGUUGUUCGCCCCGCUGCGUGCGUCUCUGGGUGGCCUGGACACC